GUUUGACAGCAAAAUAAUUGUUUAUAUUAACCUCUAUUUCAUGGGUUAAAUUCCCUAUCUAGUGCGCAAUAUUAUAAUAACAGCCAAUAGGUUCUAUUUUAAUUUGUUACAGUGAAUUUUUGACUUAUAUAAUUCCAUGUCUGGAAUGAUAACUAGAGCAAGAGCCUUCUCGACGCAAGCGUUGAAGGUAGUCAAUAAUGCUGCUAAGCAACAUUUUGUUGUGACUUUACAAAGCGCAGAAGCAACGGUCAGUUAUGAUAAAAAAGACGCACAAAUAACAUUUAUCCACACGAAUGUGCCGAAAGAAUUUCAAGGAAAAGGUGUUGGAAAACUUUUAGCUCAGCAUGUUUUUAGUUAUGCGCUGGAGAACACCUUGACUGUGAUAUGCAAAUGUCACUUCCUUGCUAAGUUCUAUGAAGAUAACAUAGAUAAAUUCACAAACCUCCAAGUUAAACUGGAUUUAGAUUAAUACAAUGGAUAUAAUGUGGUCUAGAUGUAAUAUACAUUAUUAUUUACGUGAAAAGUGUUAUGGAAAAGCUAAAAAAAUUGCUAGGGAUGCUUCUGUGCAAUAUAGUGAUAACACAGAAUUUUUAUUUUAUCAUGGAUUAUGCAAUAUUUUAGAAGGACAGGUUGAACAGGGCAUAAAUGAGUUAACGCCAUUACAAUCGAAUAGAGAUUUACAAUUUGCCAUUGUAAUGGCCCUUAUUUACAGUUAUAAAAUGUUAAAUAGCUCUGAAAGAGAAGAUUUGUAUAACUUGGAGUCUAAAUUGAAAGAAGAGCGAAAAUUAGCAAAUGGUCCAUCUUUCUAUUAUGCAGGUUUAUUUUUAUCGCUGGCUGAGAAACAUGAAAAGGCAUCUGAAUAUAUAAAUAAAUCACUUAGGAAAGAUGCUAACAGCUUGGAUACAAUCAUUUUGAAAGGCUGGAAUGAUAUGUACCUUAAUAUUGGAGACAUUCAAACUUCGAUUUUAGAUUGUCUAGAGCUGGCUCUCCAAAAAAGUGACAGGAAUGUUGAAGCUCUUUUAGGUCUGGCAAAAUUUAAAUAUUUUACAAGAGAUUAUGAUGCCUCUAAUUUAUUACUGGACAAACUUAUUGUUAACAAUCCUGGCCAAGUAGUACCAAUAAUAGAAAAACUAAAAAAUGAAUUUUCUGCUCAAAAAUGGGAAGCGGUUUAUGAUGCACUGGAGAGGGUUCUUUCGUUAGAACCAACUAAUAUUGAAGCAUUAAAAAUUAGAAUAUUUAUUGCACUCUGCAAAAAUUCAGACUACAUUGAGGCAGUUGACCAGCUAAAUAAUUUUUUCUCUCUCCUUGAAAAUGAAGAAACCAACAAUGGCUUUCAAUUUUACAAUACAGCACAGAUAUUUUCUAGAGCCUGUGGAAGAUCUAGUGCAGUACUCUCGCAAGUAUACCGAUUUGCCCAAUGCGCAUCAGAAAUGUAUUCAAAUAAUGUUGAUUACUUGAGUGAAAUUGGCUAUCAAUGUAUUCUGCAAGGUAAAUAUAAGGAUUCCUUAAGUUUCUUUAAAGCAGCUAGCAAAAUCGAUAGCAAUUCUAUAACUGCUUUAUGUGGAUUAACUAUUUGUCAAAUGUUUGAAAAUGGUCCAACUGACCAAAUUGCUCAACAGAUUGAGCUUUUGUAUGAAAUGCAAGGGACGCAAAAGUUUCCAAUACUAUAUUUGCUAUCAGCACAAUUAAAUGUAAAGAGUCCAAAUGCAGUGAACUUUUUAAAUAAAGCAAUAGAUGCUCAAAUAACACUGGCCGAUAGCUAUCCAUAUGGUUUAAUUUACAUAAAAAAUCUUGACCCAGAUUUUCUAUUAGAGGUGUAUAAAGAAUACAAGAAGCAUUUACCGAAGAAACCUUCCGUCAUAUUUGGUUAUUUGCUUUAUACUCAAGAAGGAAACAAUGCCUCAGUGACCAAUUGCAUAAGACUUUUAACUACAAUAUGCAAAGCAUGUCCUGGAUUAAUAACAGCAUUGUAUGAACUAGCAAAGCUUAAGUUUUUGUUUGGUUAUUCGAAUGAAGCACAAAUUUUGGCUCAGCAAAUUGUUGACCUUGAUAAUACUCACGCAGGAAGUCAAAUUUUAAUAGCGCAAAUAUAUAUUCAGAAUGGUGCUUUCGCAAAAGCAGCACAAUGCUUGGAAAUGUGUCUUAGUUAUAAUUUUAAAAUUCGAGAUAGUGCCAUGUACCAUUUUCUCAAUGGUAUCAUUUUAAUGAAUAUGAAUGAAUUGCAAGAAGCGUUGUCAAGUUUUAAUACAAGUCUGCAGAUAUUGAUGGGAAAAAAUAAUAUAAACAGGCAAUAUGAAUCAGAUCUAAAUAUAAUCGAUAAAGCCACAUUAUUUUUACAAAUAAUUGAAUUACAAACAAGUUUAGGUCUAUUUGGUGAAGCAGGGAAAACAAUGCAGGAAGCAAUACAGGAAAUUUCAUACACAUCAGAAGAGAGCCGUUUGUUAAUAGCGCGUUCAGACUUAGCCUUAAAAAAAGGUGAUGUUGAUAACGCAAUUGAAAUUCUCAAUGAAGUGAAACCAGGACAACCUUACUACUUCCAAGCUCACAGUAAAAUGGCACACAUUUAUUUGAAAGAGAAGAAAGAUAGAGCUAUGUUCACAUCUUGUUUCAAGGAUAUUGUUAGCAACCACCCAAUGGCAGAUGCUCAUACCAUGAUGGGUGAUGCUUUUAUGUCGAUCCAUGAACCUGUUCAAGCAGCCGAAUCCUAUGAAACUGCACUAAAAGGUAAUCCUAAAGACAUUCAGUUGAUAAAAAAGUUGGGACUGGCUUUAGUGAAAAUGCACGAAUAUGACAAAGCAACACAACACUACGAAAAUGCCAUUAAACUUUUGAAUGAUGAUGAACUGAAAUUUGAAUAUUUGGAACUUCUUAUUAAGCUAAAGCAGUACGACAAAGUUGACUUAACGAUAUCAUCCGAAUUAAACCAGUUGUACAAUAAAGAGAAGGACAUACCAACUUUGAAAAGACGCAUUCGCUUACUCCUAGCUCAAGCUAAAAAUCGAGAACUUAAAAAUCCAACAGCUGGAAAUACAAAUCUUAUUCUAUCAGAAGCGAAGGAUUUACAAAUAACGGUCCUGAAGAGAAUAGAGAUAGAUUCGAGAAGAGAUUUAGAGGAGGAGAAGAGAGAGUUGUCUUCAAUUCUCUGUUUGUUGGCGAAAGUGAAGUCUGCUAGGGAGCCUGCGAUUGCGGCCAAUCUGUACUCGGAAGCGUUGAUACACACGCCGAGAGAUCCGAACACAUUGUUGGCGUUGGCUAAGUUAUAUGCACAGAUGAACAAUCCAGAAAAAUGCGAACAGACUUGUGCUGUGCUGUUAAACACAGAUCCUAAUAAUGAAUCUGCGGCUGUCAUGAUGGCGGAUUUGGCUUUUCGCAAGGUUGAUUUAGAGACAGCUCAACGUCACUUAGAACAGAUCCUGUCAGUGAAGCCAACGAGCUGGGAGGCGCUUGCUCAGCUCAUAGAAGUUCAGUGGAGACGUGGGAAGUUGGAGGAAGUAGAACCGGCGAUGGAAGCGGCUAAGAAUUCGUUGGGAAACCGAGAUGAUCCCGGCCUCUCGUACUGCCAGGGCGUGCAGGCGGCGUACUGGGGCCGCGCCAACGCGGCGCUGCGGCAGCUGAACGCGGCGCGGCGCGCGGCGGCGGGCGGGCGGGCGGCCGCGCGCCGCAUGGCGCUGCUGUGCCUCGCGCACCACGCGCCCGCCGGGGACGACUCGGAUACCCGUCUCCUCGCCCUGAGAACGGCUGAGAAGUUACUAACAGAAGUGGCGCCCGCAGAGCGCAAAGCGUUACAAGCGCUCCUGCAACUGGCCACCAAACAGAAAUCGCAGGCGGAACGAGUGUUGCAGGACAUCUUGCCGCUAGCUACGGAAGACGGAUACCAGGAUGACCCGUACCUCAUUCUGGCGAUCGCUAAUGCAUACAAUAUCCUGAAACAACCAACUCGAGCUAAAAACAUUCUGAAAAGGACCAUAUCAUCUAUACCGUGGACGCCGGAAAAGGCGGACGGCUUGGAGAGAUGCUGGUUGGAAGUUGCCGAUAAUCAAAUAAGUUCAAACAGGACCGACGCUGCUAAAGAGAUUCUAACAAAGAUUAUAAAUCACAACAAUUCCUGCGCAACCGCUUAUCAAUAUCUGGGUUCUUUAGCAGAAAAGGAACAAAACUAUAAAAUAGCAGCUUAUAAUUAUGACAAAGCCUGGGUGUAUUCGGGCAAAAAUGAUUUGACCGUUGGUUACAAAUUGGCCUAUUCAUAUUUGAAAUUAAAGAAGUACCCAGAAUGUAUCGUCGUUUGCAGACAAAUUUUAAAGGUCCAUCCAGACUAUCCGAAAAUUAAGAAGGAGAUUUUGGAAAAAGCUAAGGCUAAUUUGAGGACUUAAAUUUUUUUUUAAAUUACAUCUAUAUAAGAAUAGUAGUGUUUAAAUAAACAUUUUGAGUUUGCAUCUGGCAAAAUAUAUUAAUUUUCCAAUAAAAAAGGAGCAAUUUUUUAUUUGUGUUUACUUUGACAUAAUAUGAGCAAAGAUACUUUUUUGGAUAUUAAAAACGCGGAUUUAAGCGUCUUAUUCUUGUAUGUUAUGACGAAUUAAA